GAAUUGGUAAUAGAAUUUUGCAAGAUGAUCGUUAAAUUAACGUUCCUUUUGUUCGUUAAAAUAGUGUGCGGAUACAAUAUAGAUGUGGAUUUUGCGGCUUUUUAUAAUCCGAAAAAUACGUUUGACAAUCGUGAUAGUUACUUUGGCUAUACAGUGUACUUAUACCAUGACAAUGGUACAUCUUGGUUGUUUGUUGGAGCACCGAAAGGAAACUAUUCUACGUCCUUCUAUACGAUUGAACCAGGAAUCGUGUAUCGUUGUGAAAUCGAAAAUGCAAAGUGCCAAGAAAUUAGACCACAAAUAAUUGAGAACGAAGAAGAACACAUAACACAACUUGGUAUGGAUAUGUUGAUAAAAAAGCAACGUGGUUGGUUCGGAAGCGCAAUGUCUAUAGACAAAUCGAAUAAAAUACUAACAGUAUGCGCACCACGGACCAUCGUGACAAUUUUUAAUCCUUCUGCCGAUGUUAAUCUCGAUACAAUGCAGGGAAUGUGUUACAGCGGAAUAGUUUCUUCGAAUUCAUUGACAAUCGAAGACAAGGAUCUUCAGUUUCACGAUUUCAAGUCAAAAUUUUGGUACAAUCCAUUGCAUGGUUUUACCGUUCAUUACGCCUCGAUGAAGAAUAAAGAAAAGGAAAGGUACGUCACUCGUAUAAGUCGUAUAGUGGGAGAACCUAAACACGAAAACUAUGGUACUGUAGACGUGUUACAUUUAAAUAGGAGAAUGACCAUAGAAUUGCCUUUGAGCGAUGAACUAUCUCAAUUUGGCUACAGCGUCGAAUCUGGCUACUUUUUUCGAAGAGAUCAGUUAUUAUACGUUAGCGGUGCUCCAGGUUGGCAUUACGUAGGCCAGGUAGGAAUAAUUAAUCCAGCGAAUGGAAUGAUCGUAGCGAGAUUCCAGGGCACGACAAUUGGUGAAUUUUUUGGAGCUAGUUUGGCAGUAGGCGAUUUAAAUAAUGAUAGUUUAGAUGAUCUUCUAAUCGGGGCACCGUAUUGGGGAGAGGAUAAUGGGAAAGUAUAUGUGUACUUUGGUACGUCCAAGGAGGGUCAAUUUGAAACAGCUGCAGUCUUGGAAGGAACUAUAGAAGGAGGACAUUUCGGAUAUGCAAUAACUUGCAGUGACUUGGACGCAGAUGGAUUUGAUGAUAUAAUUGUGGGUGCACCUUGGGAAGGACGUGGAGUCAUUUAUGUAUACAAUGGCGGUUCAGAUUUGAAAGAUAAAAAUUUACAGGCUUCGCAACGAAUUGCUGCCGCAAAGUUCGCACAAUUUGGCGAGAGUAUAGAGCGGUUUGGGUUCUCGUUAUCGAAACCCGUCGAUAUCGAUGGAAAUGGUUAUUUAGAUAUCGCAGUAGGAGCAUACAAAUCCGGACAUGCUGUCCUGCUUCGUGGUAAACCGGUGGUAAAAACGGAACUUGUCAUUAAAACUUCACCUAACAUCUUGCCAAGGGAUGCUAAGCAAUUUUUUAUCAGUAUAUGUCCGAAUUAUAUCGGCUACAAAGUGCCAACUUCUCAGGGUAAGUUACAUAUUUCUAUAAGAAUAACUAAUUUCUACGGUUACUAUUGCACCUGUUCACUUCUGUUCACAGAAUUUAAGGUUACAGUUACAAUUGACGAACGAUACCAGCGAACAAAGAACACGAUUGUAGAAUUAAGGUCUCUCGAUUUAAAAGCGGAUAAAUGUUUAUCCGCCAACGUUAAUAUUUUGAAGAAUGUACGAGAUUUCAUUGAACCAAUUACUAUCUUUGCGAGACACGAUUUUCUCUAUAACAAUGCGACAGCAUUCUGUAAAUAUUGUCCUGUGGAAAGAAGAAACAACAAAUUGCAAAUAGCACAGGCUUCGCUUUCUUUCAACAUCGAUUGCGGAGAAGACAGGAUCUGUUACUCCAACAUAUCUGCCGUUGCAAAAUUUUAUGACGUGCAAGACAACGAUACGUGGGUUGUUGGUUCGAACGACGUAAGUUUGGAAAUCGGUUUAAAAAAUCACGGAGAACCUGCGUAUCUUACCACGAUCGAAUUCGUCUUACCCAAAGGAGUAAUAUUGCGUAGCAUUUUAACUUCUUGUCGAGAGGAUACCGUCGAAGGACGUUUGUUGGUAAUUUGUGAGGCAGGAAAUCCUAUUUGGAAAGGGGAAGAGAAAAACGUUAAAUUAGACUUGGACUUGAGGCACUUGAACAAUGAUUCGAUACAUGGGUACAAGUUAAAUUUUUACGCGAAGAUAAAUAGUCGUAGUACAAAUUUCGGGAUGAAAAAUAUCACUAAAACAUUGCAUUUAAUAAACGAAGUUUCUUUGUCACUUCAUGGAAAAGCAAACGAAGAAACUUAUUACUUAACUAAUUCGCACGAUGCUGCUUCGAACGUUAGUUUUCAGCAUACUUAUCAGGUAUACAAACUUGGUGCCUCGGCUAUAGAAGAUGCACAGCUUAUCGUUAAAGUGCCAACAGCUAUACAAGACUCGGAAACUUUGGUUUACAUCUAUAAACCUCAGUUAUACGUAUCGGGAGAACGUUUCGAGUGUUCCUCGGGAAAUAUUUUAUUGAACACUGAACUGAUCGAGAUACAAGGAGAACCGUCUUCGGAUCAAUUUGAUAUACCCCAGUCCACUAACAAAGUACAACAAAUUGAACUUCACGAAUUAUACAAACGAGAUCUGAACGAAUCAAUUACGGCGUUUCAUGACGCGGGUAACGUAAAAGCGUUGCAAGCUUCGAACGAAAGUUCGACAAGUGAUAUUGUUUAUAUGAAUUGCUCGACUCCUGAGGUGAACUGUACGACCAUCCUGUGCGAUUUAAAUGCAUUAAAAACAUCGCAAGAUAUCGGAAAGAUAGUGAUUAAACUUUCGUUGAAUAUUCAAGAACUUAAAGAUUACUUUAAGAACGCUAGAGUCGUUUUAAAGUUUGCCACUCAAGCCAGAGCGAAAAUAAUAAAACCCGCUGUAAGGCGAGACGCGAAUGGAACUCGUUCCGCGACGGAAGUAACAACAAUGUUUUACAAUGCUCCAAAAGUGCAAGAGUUGAAGUUAUGGAUUAUUCUUGUCUCCGUUGCAAUAGGAUUGUUUUUCUUACUUAUUUUCAUUGUAAUUUUAAGCUUGUUGGGUUUUUUCAAACGCAAAGGAAAACAAGAUCUAACAAAUCUGAAAAAUAACGAGGUAACAGAGAAAGAAACAACGUCUGUGAUCGAGACUGAUGACGCGUAAUGUUUUAUGGCCAAAAGUACUUAACAAAGUAUUAGACACAUAACGGUAUACUUAAUGUAAGAAAAAAAGAAAAAAAAAAAA